GGAGGACCUGAACUUUGAGCUGGAGCUGUGUCUGAAGGUCUUGACUCGUAGGAUGAACGCCCUCCAGACUCUGUUUCUCUUGGCCACCGGCCUCUCUGUGGCUUGCUGUGGUCCAAGGGCACCAAUCCAAAGGAGGGCGCUUAACCAGUUCAGGACAGAAAUCCAGUGCCUGAUGUCUGACAGCUCGCCGGUUUUGGACUACUAUGACUACGGCUGCUACUGUGGAUAUGGCGGCUCUGGCACACCUGUGGACGAGCUGGACAGGUGCUGCCAAGUGCAUGACAAGUGUUAUGGUGACGCCAUGCAGCACAACGCAUGCUGGCCCAUCAUCGACAACCCUUACACCGAGUUCUACGCCUACAGAUGUGCCAAACAAAGCAAGAUGAUCACCUGUGGCAAGAACAACGACGCAUGUGAGAUGUUCAUCUGCGAGUGUGACGGGAAGGCUGCCGAGUGUUUCGCCAGAUCGCCUUAUAACCCCGAGAACAAGCGACUGCCCAGUGAACGAUGUCAAUAGAAGACUUCUGCAGUUAAUCGAACGCAGGAUCUACUCCCACACACGACACACUCAUCACUGAGCUCUCAGGAGCGGCAGCAGCUUGUUUCGUACGCUCAUUGAAAUACUCACACUGACUUUGUACUGUCACAUUCUCAAGGUCAUGGUUUUCUUUUCUCCUUUCUCUGUGCUGCGUCUCUAUUUUUCGCUGUGGAUCUGUAUCCUGACAUGAAACACCAGUAGAUCUGCAUCUCUACUGAUGCCCAGUUAUUCACCAGUAUGAUCCGAACUCAAGUUUCCACUAGAGGGCGCUCUCAUGUAGCUCUUUCUUCACUUGCUUGCUGAAAGUAGUUUAUAGACUGUAGACUUUAAUAUUGGCAAAUUAAUCAAAUUAUACAAAUGCUUGCAGUACUCAAUAAAGAAGAUACAAACAAUUA